CAUAUGGCGUCCAUAUUGAAGGAGUGUAUUAUUUGAAUAUUCACACAAUAUCGUAAAAUACUAUUUUAUAUCAACAAUUGCUUGUGUUUUUUUGCGUGAAGACUUAAUUUUACUUUGUGGCUAUCCGUUUAUGGAUUUUUUCCUGGGCAAUGGAUUAGAAUUCAGCUUAUAAAAUAAAAUAAAAUACAAAUUCGAUGGAAUAGAGUUUGUACUGUUUGUUUACAUUUCAUCGUAGUUUAUUUACAAAUGUACAAGAUCAUAUGCAAGGAUGGCUCAAAAAGCAACUGACAUGAGAGAUAUUGAGAUUGGUUGGACAAAUGAUCCAUUUUUUACUCAAACAAAGUCUAAAGCUAUAAUUUUGUUAGAUUAUGGCGAGGUUCCUUACUUCCUGCGAGGAAAUCCUUAUAUAACAUCUGGUUAUAGGGCUUAUCUGUCCUUUAGGAAAUGUUUAAUAAGGUGAAUGUUUAGUAUUGCUGCUUUCUGUUUCUCGAAUAUAUGCUAUUUAUACGGAACUCACCAAACUGUGGAAUCACAUAAAAAAUUUGUAUCGCCGUCACUCCCACAAACGUCUACGACCGCAUCUACAUAUUUUUGCAUGUUUACAAUUCUAAUUGUUUAAACAGCCAAUCGACGUUUAAUUGUAAUUGUUACCAAGAACCGGAUUGGCUGUUUAAAAUUAGAACUGUAAACAUGCAAAAAUAUGUAGGUACGGUCGUAGACGUUUGUGGGAGUGGCCACGAUACACAUUUUUGAUGCGAUUCCACAGUUCGGUGAGUUGCAUAGUAUAUACUGAUAAUCUGCCGGGAUAAACCCAGACUGGAAGUUUUAUUACGUUGUUGGUUUCUGUGACUGGACAAAUAACAACUUUGUUAAAUUUAUUUUUCAGUUUAUUUCGGUUGACAAAUGAAACAAUCAAUAUCUGGACUCACCUUCUUGGCUCGCUCGUUUUCUUUUUUCUUCUUAUUUACUCCAAUGCUGUGACCAUUCCAAGCUCCCUUGGAGGAUAUGCUGAUCAUGUAGUAUUCACUUCUUUCCUGCUGUUCUAUCAGGUUGGUCAGUCAUUAAAUUGCCAAUGUGACACCAAUACACCUGGUUUAAGGAAAUGAACAACGAUUGGGUCAUUCCUGAAAAUAUGCAUGUAACCUUGACCUCACAGAGGAAAUUGGGGGUAAAAAUGAUCUACCCCGUUCGGGUGCCUGAAUACACUUGCUUUUAUCAGAAAACUUUUUUCCGUCCCUUCCCUUCUGGAUGGCAGAAAUUUCCUCCUUGGGGUGAGAAUGAAUCUUUUCUGGAACGACCCAUUGAUGAGUCUGCCAACAAGCUGUCCACAAGUUGCGUUUGCACUGUUUGUCCCAAGUUGCCAUGACAACUUUGUUGAUAUUAUCAGACUUGUUGCAAGGUUGCUCCAACAAGUCUGAUACAUUCAUGACAUAACAAUAUUGUUACAACCUUGUGUCAUCAACCUUGUAACAUUCUUGUUAUAUCACGACUGUAUCAGACUUGUUAGAACAACCUUGUAACAAGUCUGAUAAUGCCAUCAAGCUUGUUACAAGUUGUUAACAGCUUGUUCCAAAAACUGGGAACAAGCAGUGCGAACACAACUUGUCGACAGCUUGUGAACAGAUUUGUAACAACUUGUUUGCAGACCUGUAACAACUUGUGUGUUUUUAUGUGUGUAAUUGAUUGUGGCUGCCAUGUACUUCACAGAAUUAAAUAAAUCAUUAUAUACCUCGUUGUAGUUCUGCAUGCUGUGUUCAGCAGGAUAUCACAUGUUCAACUGUCAUUCAGAGAAAAUCUAUCAUAUCUGGUUAGCUCUUGAUCUUGCUGGGAUAUCUUUGGCUCUCUGUGGAUGUUAUAUACCAAGUGUUUACUAUGCUUUCUAUUGUCAACCUGUAUGUAAAAUUUUGCUUGUGGAAUCAAUAAAUAACAUCGCUCUAUUAGCCUUUUCCCAAAGGAGAUCGCAGUGCAUUCUGGGAUCGUUUGGAGGGACAAAUGUAUGGAGACAGGCGUCAAAUAUGUGAAAGAGUAGAAGUAUCUACUAUCAAAUAUCAACUUUUUACACGACCAAAAAUGAAAUAUCUCCUUUUUACAUUGAACUUGUAAUUUAAAUGUGUGCUGCCAUAUUUCUUGUCCCUCCAACAAGGGAUUCACAGAAGAGAUUAUUUCGCUGGCCUCAGAGUGGCAAAACGUAAUAAAGCAACGGUUUUACUAACGCUAACCCUACUCCAAACACCAACUCUAACCCGAAUCCUAACCUAACCCUACUCCAAAUUUGUUUCUAAACCAAUCUUGAAGAAAAAAGUUUUGACAAAAUGUCAUUCUGAGGUCAGAGAAAUAGUCGAUGCCGGGAUUCACACAAUUAGACCCAGGACUUUGGGAAAUGGCUAAUUCCCCAUACCAACUCUCAAUCCUUAAUGCUUGUCAACAAACUUUCUCUUGGUUUCAGUAAGAAAGCUUAGGAUUGAUAGGAUGCAACUACCUGUAAAAAAAACACACAAGAACUCGGACGUUUCAAACCUCCCGAUGAAGUGCCUAAUUGCUUGAGACGUCCAAGUAUCAAUCUCAAGCUUUCUCAUUAUUGGUACUACAUACACUGGGACCUGGGGCCGGUUGUAUAAAAAAGUGAUUAAAGUUAACUAUAGUUAGUGGAAACGUCAUCCAAUAAGAAGCGCGUAUUUGAGAGUUAAUCACUAUUUAACUACAAAAUAGUGAUUAAAAAGUGAUUAAGAGUUUUAUACAACCGGCCCCAGACCGUUGGUUCGAGUCAGCGUCACAGGGCAGGAGAUGGUCGUCAACUUCAAAAAAAUGUUGACAUUUAUAGGAACAAGAAAAUCAAUGACAUCUCUCAAUUCUAUUUAUUUGCCACCAAAUACAAGACUACUACAUAUAAUGAAAAGAAUGGACAUUAUUUUCUCACUCUGAUCACUGCAGGUUGAACACCAUCUGCUGCACGAUAGUACUUUAAAUUGAUGAUUAAGUGCUAAGUAAUGUCAAAGUCGAACCUUGUUCUUGCUAUGUAUUGCAUUGCAUUGCAUUGCAUAAUAUUCAAUAUUGUUCUGUGCGAUGUAGUUUUGUUUUGAGAUAUGUUGUUUUGUGUUGUAUUCCUAAAAUUUAGCAAUUUUUAAAGGGCCCACAGUAAUUGGUGUAUACUGUUGUGGUGUCCCUGCCACUUGUUUCUUGCAAGUGGCGAAGUUAAAUAAAUAAAUAAAUAAACAUAUUAGUAUAUUUUGUGUAGAAUUUGCAAGUGAUAUACCUGACUGUAGUCACAGUGAUGUCGAUCAUGGCUCUACUGCUUCAACUGCAUCCACAAUACUUCACCUCACUCUGGGCUGGUAAGAGGUUGGCUUCCUUUGCAGUCAUAGGAAUGUUUGGGGUGAUACCAUCUCUACACUGGACUUGGAUACAUGGUGGCUUUACACAGAAUAUAGUACAGGUACAGUGGAUGAUCACCAUAACCCACCACCAUCAUUGUCAUCAUCACCAUCAUCAUCACCAUCAUCAUCACCAUCAUCAUCACCAUCAUCAUCAUCACCAUCAUCACCAUCAUCACACUAUUUUCUAACUACAUGUUAUUUUCUCUUACUACAGGUAUUCUUUCCUAAAGUGGUAACAAUGUAUGUUUUGGGUGGCUUAGCUAUUACAAUUUAUGGGUUGAGGUUUCCUGAAUGUAUUUUCCCAGGUGAUGAAAUCUCUUAUAUAUUGCUCUUCAGGCUGCACAGUAUUUCCAUUCAUUAUCAAAAUGUUUAUCUUACUGCAUCUGUAUUUAUUCAUUAAACUAACUUUAUUUAUACUGGAUAGCUCUGUCAGUUCUAAACUGUUCUUCCUAGAGGUUCAGUAACGAUCAUCUCUUAUUGAUCCAGUGUUACUACAGGAGGAAACCUAAACUAAACUAACUUUAUUUAUACUGGAUAGCUCUAUCAGUUCUAAACUGUUCUUCCUAGAGGUCCAGCAAGGAUCAUCUCUUAUUGAUCCAGUGUUACUACAGGAGGAAACCUAAACUAAACUAACUUUAUUUAUACUAGAGAGCUCUAUCAGUUCUAAACUGUUCUUCCUAGAGGUCCAGUAAGGAUCAUCUCUUAUUGACCCAGUGUUACUACACGAGGAAACCUAAACUAAACUAUCUUUAUUUAUACUGGAUAGCUCUAUCACUUCUAAACUGUCCUGCCAUUACCUUAUUCAUUCAGUCAUUCAUUCUAUUUCAGGUCGUCUAAAUUACAUUGGAGCAAGUCAUCAAUGUUGGCACAUCAUUAUAGUUCUAGCAUUUUGUUGGUGGUACAAAGCCAGUGUACAGUUCUUUCAUUUCCGUCAACAGUAUGGAUGUAUUGUAGACAAUAUUGACUUAAUUAGUGUAAGAACGGUUGUUUCAACUGUAGUUAGUCCAUUAUUAGUAUCUGUAGCAAGUUAACCUCGUUGUAAAUAGAAUGUUUUAAAAGUAACUGUGACAUGAAAUUUCUGGACUAAAAAUGAUAUUUCCCUCAAACAAUUUAGCUAUUCCGAAGUUGAUGAG